GACGCCAAUAAUGAAUAUAACGUUCAAGUUAUUCUUGCUGCUCAUUUGUUUGGACCAUUGGCUGGUGGUUACAAGAUUGGAAACAAAGGUUUCCCAAAAGAUGCAAGAAGAUGUCCGAACUGUGGCAAAGAUAUUAGUGGAAAACUUAAAAGUCAUGGAGAUGUGUGGCAUGGGCAUGCAGAUAUACUUGUGAAAGGAAGUGUAGUCAAGGUAGUAUCUGAAGAGAAUGAUUCCGAUGAAGAGGAUGGAAGUUCUGAACCACUGCAAAAGAAAAUGAGAACUGAAAGUAUUGAAGAUGAUGAGAGUUCAGAGUCAGGUGAAAAUUAUGACAGCAGUGUUGAAAAAGGAGAGAAAAAGAAUGGGAUAAGUGAUCAUGCAUUGUCACAGAUAUUGGCGCAAACAAUUGUUAAUGCAUUUGCAGAAGUGAACAAUAAUCAAAAGUUGUUCAGUUCCUUUAUACCGUCUUUAAUUGCAACUUCUAAAGUUAUAAGAAUAACUAUGUACAACUGUAAAUUGGAUAGUCUGAUAAUGACAGAUGAUUUGAUAUCUUCAAAGUGAUCGGGCCCAAACGCGUCUUAAAUUUGUCAACUAUCUUUAGUAUCUGGUUUGCCUUGAAUUUUGAAAAUUAUUUUGAUAAAACUAAUGGCCUCUAUCCUAAAUUUGAAGAAGGACACAUAAAGUCAAAUUUUAAAGAACAUGCUGGUGAAAUGUUUGAGAUAUAUAAAGAAAAGUGUACCAAACCUAUGUCACAGGCAGAAAUGAAUGAAAUUGUUGAAAAAUUUAGAUUGAAAAAACAAGGUAUUUCAUCUUUCUUUG